AUGGCCUCCACCGAACAUCGUCUACCAAACCGGGAACGCCGGCCUUCUUCGGCGGCUCCCAUCGUGGACAUUGUCGGUUCCGUGAGUCCCGCUGGGGUUUCGCGCCCGAAGCAUAAGCGCACAUACACCGGAUUUGGUGCCAGCGACAUCAAGAGCGUAGAGGCGGCGAUCCCCGAACCCCAACGUGACGUAUGGACCAAGCACCAAUUCAAAGGCUUCAAGACGAAGGACGAGUUCGAGACCGAGGUUGUCCGCCAUGUCGAGACUACCCUUGCUCGUAGCAUGUUCAACUGCGACGAGACGGCCGCGUACUCGGCCGCCGCCUUGGCGCUCAGAGAUAGGCUGAUCAAGGAAUGGAGCAAUACGCAGCAGCGACAGACUUUCAAGGACACCAAGCGCGUCUACUAUCUCAGUCUGGAGUUCCUCAUGGGCCGUGCUUUAGACAAUGCCUUGCUCAACGCCGGCGUCAAAGCCGUCGCCAAGGACGGUCUUGCCGACCUAGGAUUCCGCAUCGAGGACAUCAUCAGCCAGGAGCACGACGCCGCGCUCGGUAAUGGAGGUCUGGGACGGCUCGCAGCAUGCUUCCUCGACAGUCUUGCCUCGUUAAACUACCCUGCAUGGGGCUACGGCUUAAGAUAUCGUUACGGCAUCUUCAAGCAGGAGAUCAUAGACGGCUACCAAGUAGAGGUCCCCGACUACUGGCUUGAUUUCAACCCCUGGGAGUUUCCGAGGCACGAUGUCACAGUAGAUAUCCAAUUCUACGGCAGUGUCCGAAAAGCGCAGGACGAGAAUGGAAAGAAGGUAGCUCACUGGGAGGGCGGCGAAAUCGUCACUGCUGUGGCUUACGACGUACCGAUUCCCGGUUACGACACGCCCUCCACCAACAACUUACGGUUGUGGUCUAGUAAGGCUGCCAGUGGCGAAUUCGACUUCCAGAAGUUCAACAGUGGAGAGUACGAGAGCUCGGUGGCCGACCAGCAGCGGGCCGAGACUAUCAGCGCAGUCCUCUACCCGAAUGACAACCUAGAGCGCGGGAAAGAGUUGCGCCUGAAGCAGCAGUACUUCUGGGUCGCCGCGUCGCUCCACGACAUCAUCCGACGGUUCAAGAAGUCGAAGCGCCCCUGGACGGAGUUUCCCGAUCAGGUCGCGAUCCAGCUUAACGACACCCACCCCACGCUGGCUGUCGUGGAGCUCCAGAGGGUUUUGAUAGAUAUCGAGGGUCUCGAAUGGGACGAGGCCUGGAAGAUAGUAACGUCGACUUUUGGCUACACAAACCACACCGUCUUGCCGGAGGCCCUUGAGAAGUGGCCUGUCGGUUUGUUGCAACACCUGCUGCCCCGCCAUCUCCAGAUCAUCUACGACAUCAAUCUCUUCUUCCUCCAGUCCGUAGAGAAGAGGUUCCCCUCUGACCGUGAACUCCUGCGCCGGGUUUCCAUCAUCGAAGAGUCUCAGCCCAAGAUGGUCCGUAUGGCAUUUUUGGCCGUCGUCGGUUCUCACCGGGUCAACGGAGUGGCGGAGCUUCACUCAGACCUCAUCCAGACGACCAUCUUCAAGGACUUCGUCACGAUCUUCGGCAGCGAUAAGUUCACCAACGUCACCAACGGCGUCACGCCCCGCCGGUGGCUACACCAGGCGAACCCCCGCCUCUCGGACCUGAUCGCCACCAAGACGGGCGGCUACAGCUUCCUGAAAGACCUCACCCUGCUCAACAAGCUGGAGCACGUCGUUGACGACAAGCAAUUCCGGAAGGAGUGGGCCGAGAUCAAGUACGCCAACAAGGUGCGCCUCGCCAAGUACAUCAAGAGCACGCUGGACGUCACGGUCAACCCGUCGGCGCUAUUCGACGUGCAGGUCAAGCGAAUCCACGAGUACAAGCGGCAGCAGCUCAACAUCUUCGGCGUCAUCUACCGGUAUCUAGAGAUUAAGAAGAUGAGCCCCGAGGAGCGCAAGAAGCAGCUGCCGCGCGUGUCUAUCUUCGGCGGCAAGGCAGCGCCGGGCUACUGGAUGGCCAAGCAGAUCAUCCACCUGGUCAACAGCGUCGGCGAGGUCGUCAACAAGGACCCGGAUGUUGGUGACCUGCUCAAAGUCGUCUUUCUCGAGGACUAUAACGUUAGCAAGGCCGAAAUGAUCAUCCCCGCCUCCGACAUCAGCGAGCAUAUCUCCACUGCCGGAACCGAGGCGUCCGGAACUAGCAACAUGAAAUUCGUGCUGAACGGCGGUUUGAUCAUUGGGACCUGCGACGGUGCCAACAUCGAAAUCACACGAGAGAUCGGGCAAGAGAAUAUCUUCCUGUUCGGGACGCUGUCGGAGGACGUGGAGGACCUGCGGCACGCGCACACGUACGCGGAAGAAGGGACGCACCCCAUAGACAAGGGGCUCGCGCAGGUGUUCGACGCGAUCACGGACGGCGUGUUCGGGAAGCCGGACGACUUCCGUGCGCUCAUAUCGGCGGUGCGCGACCACGGCGACUACUACCUCGUGUCGGACGACUUCCAAUCCUACAUCGAUACGCAGCGCAUGAUCGACGCCGAGUACCGUAACCAGGACUCGUGGGUCGCCAAGUGCAUCAAUAGCGUCUCGCGCAUGGGCUUCUUCAGCUCCGACCGCUGCAUCAACGAGUACGCUGAGGGCAUCUGGAACAUCGAGCCUCUCGCUGUGUAA